AGCGGCCCCUCCCCGUUAUUCCCUCUCCCCCAAUUCGACCCCGCCGCUAAACCCUAAACCCCGCUCCGGCGCCUCCCGCUCCGGCUCCUACUCCCAGUCGGCUAGGGUUCUGCGCGGCCGCUUCCUCGUCGGCGCAAUGGAGUUCUGGGGUAAAGAAGUAAAGCCAGGAGCCACGGUUUCUUGCGAAGUUGGUAAUGAUUUGGUUAUCCACCUUUCACAGGCUGCACUGGGGGAACCAAAGAAAGCGAGUGAGAAUGUCAUUGUGUCUGUCAAAAUCGACGAUAAGAAAUUAGUGCUUGGAACCUUAUCGGUUGAGAAGCAUCCUCAGAUUUCAUGUGAUCUUGUCUUUGAUAAAGAUUUUGAGCUAUCCCACAAUUCAAAAACAGCUAGUGUUUUCUUCUGUGGCUACAAGUCUCCUGUUCCUCAGUUUGAGUCUUAUUCUGGUGAAGACAGUUCGGAUGAAGAGCUAGAAACUGACCACCAAAUUCCAAGAAAUGAAAUUUCUGCGGCAAAGGUUCCAGUGAAGGGUGGUAUAAAAGUUGAAUCAUCUUCCAGUGAUGAUGAUGAUGAUGAUUUCACUGAUAGUGAAAUGUCUGAUGAAGAUGACUCCAGUGAUGAAGAUGAUGUGUCAACUGGUGAUGAUUCUAGUGAUGAUUCUGGUUCGGAAGAACAGACUCCUACCCCAAAGAAGACUGAUGUAGUAGUUGGCAAGAAGAGAGCCAUUCAAGCUGAGGCACCUUCUGGUAAGAAGGCAAAGUCUGAACAAUCUGCUCAGAAAACAGGUGACAAGAAGGUCUCAACUCAUUCUGCAAAGCAGUCUAGCAAGACUCCAGACAAAUCUACAAAGACCCCCACAGCUGACAAGAAGUCCCCCAAAUCUGGUAGCCAUGCCUGCAAGUCAUGCAACAAAUCUUUCAGCAGUGCGACAGGACUUGAGUCUCAUCAGAAGGCGAAGAAGCAUGAAGCCUAGAGCAUGUGCUGUACCUAUAGGUUGAUCAACUUGAGUUAUCAAAAUUAGCGGUCUUAUUUUUGAACUUGAAAAUGCCAAGUUUGGAACUUGCCCAGUAGUCAUCCGAUUAGUGGUCUUAUUAUUUUUGAACUUGGGAAAUGUCAAGUUUGGAACAUACCCAAUAUGUGUUGAGAACAUGGGAAACGUCAAGGUUAGAGCAGGCUCUGUUAGCCCAAUUUUGGUCGUCGUUGAAUGAUGCUAAUCUUUUUUCACAUUUUCAAAUUUGUUUACAUAUUGCUUUUAAGGUGAUAUAAUCCUGUAGCUGUUACUUUUUAGCUAUUGGAAAAA